AUGACCAACCAACAACUAACGGAGAUUGUGUUGACACUUCAAAAGCAGAUGAAACAGAUGCACAAAACAAUGAAGAAGAUGAAAAGAAAAGCUCAGGGAAGGAGAUCAUCAUUCCAUAAAGUCCUAUCUCAUAGCAAGAAGCAUCGGACAUCUCAACAGGAAGGACAACGAGCACCCUUUGAUCAGGAUGUGGAUGCUAUGGAAAACAACACAGACACCGUCCACAGCUCACCUGACCACCGUUUAGCAGAUGACCCUGAUCCUACACCACUUGUUUCAUCCCACAUUUCGAACGACAGUGACUUGAGCAUUGAUGACCUCAAUCCCAAAGACAAGGUAAAGUUCAAUAGGUUCAAUCAUUUCUUGUUCCACAUAUAUGAUUUCGAUGAAAUGGAAAACGAUAACCAAGAUGUCCACCCCUCACCUGUCCACGACACAAACAAUCUGAAUGCUUCCACAAAUGGAAAUGAUGACGAUAUCUACACAACUCCUGUCCGACCAGAUCAGAAGACCACGGAGACUCGUACUUUCAGAAAGCUAUACCCGGGACAAUGGGACCCACCUUCUAAAAUCUACGAUAAAGCUGAUCACCCAGACAGCCCCGAGAUUAAUCACAUCCUCUAUCAUGGUCUCAGGAUUUACGACAAAACGGCUGUUAGCCCAGACCCACCACUAUCGUCAGGUCCCAUAUCCGACCAAACGGCGGGUCCAUCCUCUCCUCCACGAAUUCGUUUACGUUUGGCUCCACUACCUUUCACUCCACUCACAUCACCGGUCAAGAGUAAUGAAAGUGGUCUUGGUUUCGUAAGCCACGCAACAACACCCAAUGCCUUUAAAGCCACAUUUUCGUCUAACUCGCCACCGGGCAUUGGACCCACAUCUGAGGAUCAGGAUCCCUUCGUCGAUCUCACAACCACAAAAGACCCCGCCAGACACGUUCCAUCUCCCCUAGAAAACCUUCUCGCUAAGGAAUUAUUCAACUCCCCGCUGAUUCCUGCUUUGGAUCUCAUCACCCCACUACCAGACAGGGAAUGGGGGCUUUUCCAUAGUGUCCUCAAAACCAACAUUGAUGUGUUCCAUAGCACUCCAUAUGAGUUUCAGUUUUCAAACAAAUUGCUCCUAGAGAUUGCACAGCCUAAGCAAUGGACAACCUCAUAUGUAAGACACCCCCUCUCUGUUUGUUCUAUCAUUGUCUGA